GAGGCACGUGACAAUAACGCAGAAAAGAGCGAGCUCAAGUCGAGCUCGAGACCGUCACAGUCUCCAGAGAGCCGCCGCGCGGAUGAAACGCCGGUCACCAUCCGAGCAGCGCCACGGAAAGCUCCCCCGUGUCGGCGCUGCGGCUGCCUCCAGCUCCUCGCAGGACGGAAUGGAGGACAAAUCUCCAAAUCCGCGGGAACUCACCCAAAACCCACUAAAGAAGAUAUGGAUGCCGAAUAAAAAUGGCCUUCCAGAGAAACACAUUUCUCAUCGAAGGGUUUGUAUGACCAACUGUCCGACUCUGAUCGUGACUGUGGGACUUCCCGCCAGAGGAAAAACGUACAUCUCUAAGAAGCUGACCCGCUAUCUUAACUGGAUUGGAGUGCCUACCAGAGAAUUCAACGUGGGACAAUACAGAAGAGAAUUUAUGAAGAUCUACAAGUCCUUUGAGUUUUUCCGUCCAGAUAAUGAGGAGGGGUUAAAGAUCAGAAGGCAGUGUGCUUCAGCAGCGCUGAACGACGUGAGACAGUAUCUCACAGAAGAAGGAGGCCAAGUGGCUGUGUUUGAUGCAACCAACACCACCAGAGAAAGAAGGGGCACCAUUAUUCAGUUUGCGGAACAGAACGGCUUUAAGGUGUUCUUUGUAGAGUCUGUGUGUGAAGACCCAGAAGUUAUACAGGAGAAUAUAGUGCAAGUGAAGCUGGGAAGCCCGGACUACACCAACUGCAACACGGAAGAAGCCGUGGAGGAUUUUAUGAAGAGGAUCAAGUGUUAUGAAAACUCUUAUGAAACGUUAGAUGAGGUUUCAGACAGGGAGCUUUCCUACAUCAAAAUCAUAGAUGUUGGUCAGAGAUAUUUGGUCAACAGGGUGUUGGAUCACAUCCAGAGCCGGAUCGUCUACUACCUCAUGAACAUUCACAUCACUCCACGCUCCAUCUACCUGUGUCGUCAUGGAGAAAGUGAACUGAAUGUCAAGGGUCGGAUUGGGGGGGACUCUGGUCUCACGACGAGAGGCAAAGAGUUUGCUAAGAAGCUCAGUCAGUUCAUUCAGACGCAGAAUAUCCAAGACCUGAAGGUGUGGACGAGUCAGAUGAAGAGGACCAUUCAGACGGCAGAAGCUCUGGAUGUUCCAUAUGAACAGUGGAAAGUCCUUAAUGAGAUCGAUGCUGGUGUGUGUGAGGAGCUGAUGUACGAGGAGAUUCAGGAAAACUACCCCCUGGAGUUUGCCCUGAGGGAUCAGGACAAAUAUCGCUAUCGGUACCCAAAGGGAGAGUCUUACGAGGACCUGGUGCAGCGGUUGGAGCCAGUCAUCAUGGAGCUGGAGAGGCAGGAGAACGUUCUAGUUAUCUGCCACCAGGCUGUCAUGCGCUGCCUACUGGCCUACUUCUUAGACAAGACAGCAGAGGAGCUGCCGUACCUGAAGUGCCCCCUGCACGCCGUGCUGAAGCUGACGCCCGUGGCCUACGGAUGUAAAGUGGAGUCUAUCAGCUUAAACGUGGAAGCGGUCAACACACACAGAGAAAAACCCGAGAACGUAGAAGUGACUCGGAUGUCAGAGGAGGCUCUGAUUACUGUGCCAGCUCAUCAGUGACACAGUUAGCCCUCCCCAUCACCCCCCCCCCCCCCCAUCCAUUACACCUGCAGAACCAUUCACUUUGAGCUCAUCACCUAUUUUUGUCUUUUUGUUGUUUUUCUCUUUCCUCUCAUAUCCCAAGAAGAGCUGGUGGUGGUGAUUAACUGGAAUCCAGUUUCUAAUGUAUUGAUUAUAAUCUAGUCACAGAUGUUCUCUCGUUUUUUGGAGAAUGAAUGAAUGAAUGAAAAUCAAAAGAACAGACGCUCCUCGGCCAGCUGUGAAGCUACGAGGCGCCAGCACCUUUAUCUAUGGAAGCUUCAAUCACAUCUGUGUGUGAAACGGAUUUAAAUGUAUUCAUGUUUUACUGGUUUUAAGCUUUUUGUUUGCUCAAUCGUUCUAAAGCACUUCUCAACAUUUCAGAUCAACUGUUUGGUUUAUUUCUAGGAUUUUUGAUGAUUCUGCACAGAUGCAAAGUUGCUCUUGGCACGCUGUGAAGGCUCGUAUAAUAAACUGAUACCAAUGAUCAGAAAUAAGAGCGGCAUAUUUCUGUCUCCUGGUUCUGAAUAAACUCAGCUCAACCACC